GGUGAAAGUGCGGGCCUCGGGCGACCCUCACGAGGGCAAGUCGUGACACCCGCUCGGCACCGCCGUACAGCCCUCUGGCCGCCGUUGCCCCCGGCGCCGCUGGGCCCCUCGCGAUGUGCGCCGCGGGGACCCCCGCCGCCGCCCGGAGCUUCGGCAGCUCGCAGCCGUGGGCCGCGGCCCUCGAGCUUUUCUGGAGGGCAGCGCGGCCAGGGCCCCAGACCGGCGCCGCCCCCGGCCUCGCGGCGAGGCGUGCGGGAAGGGCGCUGGGUGGGGCAGUCGCCGCGUGCGGGAAAGGCACGCAGUGGCAGCUGGCGCUGUCGUUGCUGGGCGAAGCGGCGGCGGCAGCGGCGGAGCUGGACGUCUUCAGCUACGGCGCCGCCAUCGGCGCGUGCCAGAAGGGCGGGCGGUGGCAGCUUUCGUUGUCUUUGCUCUGUGAGCUGUGCGAUGUGAGGCUGGAAUCGAACAUAGUGAUCUACAGUGCGGGAGUCAGCUCGUGCGAGAAAGGUGGGCAAUGGCAGCAGGCGCUGUCACUGCUUGCUGAUGUGCGUGAGGUGAAGUUGGAGCUGGACGUCCCCACCUUCAACGCUGGGAUCAGUGCGUGUGCCAAGGGCAAUCAGUGGCAGCAGGCGCUCGCGUUGCUCAGUGAGCUGCGGGAGGUGAAGCUGGAGCCAAGUGUUAUCUACAACGCUGGAAUCAGCGCGUGCGAGAAAGAUGGCCUGUGGCAGCGCGCGCUUGCGCUACUUGGUCAGAUGGCGAAGGGGAGGUUAGACCCUAAUGUUAUUACUUUCACUGCUGGAAUAAGCACAUGCGAGAAAAGCGGGCAGUGGCGGCAGGCCAUGAUGCUGUUUAACGAGAUGUGGAAUACGAAUGUGGAGCCAAACAUCAUCAGUUACAGUGCCGGGAUCAGCGCGUGCGAGAAAGGAGGAAAGUGGGAACAGGCGUUGUCGUUGUUGGGUCAUUUGGAUAGGGCAGAGCUGGAACCAGAUACCAUUUGUUACAAUGCUGGAAUCAGCGUGUAUGCUAAAGGCGGACAGUGGCAGCGGGCAUUAUCGAUGCUCUGCGAGAUGCGCAAAGUGGAGUUGAAACCGACUGUUAUAAGUUUCAAUGCUGGAAUCAGCGCUUGCGAGAAGGUCUGCCUGUGGGAGCAUUCAUUCGUAUUGAUUCGGGAGAUGUUGCAGGCGAAGUUGCAGCCAGACGUAACUAUUAUAUUCAGCUACAAUGCCGGAAUCAGCGCGUGCGAGAAAGCUGGAAAUUGGAGGCAUGCAUUGACAUUAUUCAGCGAAGCGUACGAAGCGAAGUUGGAGCUAGACGUAAUCAGCUACAGUGCUGCCACGAGCGCGUGCGCAAAUAGCGGGCAGUGGGAGCAGGCGUUGUUGUUGCUCUCUGAUUUGUAUAAGGUCACGUUGGAGCCAAGUAUCGUCAGUCACACUGCCGGAGCGAGCGCAUGUGAGAAGAGUGGGCAGUGGCAGUGGGUGUUGUCGUUGUUCAGCGAUGCGCGUAGUAUAUAGCUGGAGGUGGACAGCACUUGCUACAACAUUACAAUCAGCGCGUGCGCUACAGGCGCCCAGUGGCAGCGAGCACUGUCAUUGAUCGGCGAUAUGUCUGCAUGGAAGGUGGAGCUAGACACCCAAAGCUACAAUUCUGGAGCGAGCGCGGUCGAGAUAUCUCUGAUUAGCUUGGGAGGGCUUCCAAGUUUCCUCCAGGGCGGACUCUCACGAUUGGUGUUGCGCAGCGAGGUGUGUGAGGCGAAGCUGAAUUGACCAGCGUAAUCAGCUACAGCGCUGGGACCGGCGCGCCGCUUGCAAGAAGGGCGAGCAGUUGCAGCAGUGUUUCUGGCGCUGGUCAGCGAGAAGUGUGGGACAAAGCAGGAGACCAACGUCAUCACUUGCAACUCUUGGGUCAGCGCGUGCGAUAAGGCGGGCAGCGGCGGUGGACCUUGUGGCUGCUGGGCGAGCCCUGCGACCGUCGCGCUGCUGCGUGGAGGCGAUCGCUACUGAGGGAACUCGGGAAAGUGAAGUUGGAGACGGACGACAAUGGGGGUAAUCGGUUACACUGUUGGCCUCGGCGCGUGCGAGAGAAGUGGGGAUCAGCUACGCGCUGGCAGCGUCAGUGCGCAUGAGAAGGGUGGGCAAUGGCCAGAGGAGCGCCGAGCACGCGCCGAUAUCUCCAACCCUUGGGCGUGGUUGUGACCCCUUCGGCUUCUGAUCCGCGCUCUCUGGGGCACUCUCUUCCAACCCCUCGCCUAUCAGCGUGCGCAUGCGCGCGGGCCCGCCCUGCGUGACAAGCGUCAGUGCAUCAAUCUGCUCGAGCGCUCAUGGCGGAAAAUAGCAGCGGGUGUUCAGUUCGUCCUCGUCCUCUGGUGUCCCCAUGCGUCGGAACAUAUCUGCGCAUACGCACCUUGCCUUGACAUACG